AUGGAAACCGAAGGUGUAUGGAAUACUUAUGGCCUAAAUCAGGAUGAAUAUGAUCGAAAGUUUCAAUACAGGUCAAAGUCAGCGAUGAAACAUCGGUUGAAAAAAGUAACAAAUCGGACAUUUGCGCCAUGCUCAAAUCCAAUUAAUUUAUGGCGAUGGUUUACAAAUUUCGUACCAAUUUUGCAAUGGUUACCAAAUUAUCAAUGGAAAAAUGAUAUGAUCCAUGAUAUUAUCGGUGGUUUAACAAUUGGUAUAAUGCAUGUACCGCAAGGUAUAGCAUAUGCAGUGUUAGCAGGUGUUGAUCCGGUAUACGGCUUAUAUUCAUCCUUUUUUCCGGUCUUUUUUUAUAUGUUUUUUGGAACAUCAAAACAUGCAUCAGUUGGAUCAUUUGCUGUGACAGCAAUUAUGUCUGCACUAGCAAGCAAUGAAAUUAUGCUUCAUCGAUCACAAACAGAUGAUAUCAUUAUCAUUGAUAAUGAUAACAACACAUUAUCAUCACUAACCUAUAUUGAAAUCACUACAACACUUGCAUUUACAACUGGAAUUAUUGAAUUAAUGGCGGGUAUUUUACAAUUGGAAUUUGUUACUGCUUAUUUCUCAGAUCAACUGGUUUCCGGUUUUAUUACCGGUUCUACUGUACAUGUUAUUAUUGCUCAAAUAGAUGAUUUCUUUGGAAUUAACGUACCAAAAUUUAGUGGAAUAGGAUAUCUUUUUAAGAUAGUAAUAUCAAUUAUUAUUUCACAUUAUAUGAAUUUGCAUACAUAUCACAGUGUACCAAUUGUUGGUAAAAUUCCUACAGCCUUACCUAAACCAAGAUUGCCUCGUUUUGAUAUUGUUAUUGAUUGUUUUCCAUAUGCUAUUGGUAUUGCUGCUGUUACCGUUGCUAUUCAUAUAUCAAUGGCUAAAAUGUUAGCUAAACGUAUGAAAUAUCACAUUGAUUCUAAACAGGAGUUAUAUGCAUUAGGUUUCACAACAGUUCUCAGUAGUUUCUUUCCAAUUUAUCCGAUUGCUACUGCAUUAGCUCGAACAAUGGUUGGUGUUGAAGUUGGCAUAAGAACACAGUUUUCUGCCAUAUCAAGUUGUUUAUUAUUAUUGGCCGUUAUUCUAGUGCUUGCACCACUACUAAAUGCAUUACCAAUGUGUAUAUUGACUGUUAUUAUCGUUAUGUCGCUUCGUUCAAUGUUUCAAAAAUUUUCCGAAUUGCCAAAAAUUUGGCCUAUUUCUAAAAUUGAUUUCUUUAUUUGGAUUGUAGCAUUUAUAACAACCGUAGCACUAGACGUUAUGAUUGGUUUGAUAAUUUCAGUAAUAUUUGCUAUAAUGACACUUAUUGUUCGUUCACAGUGGCCUCGCUGGGAAAGAUUGGUGCAAUUAUCACCGUCUCAGCCAUACUUUGAUAAUCCAAAACGUUACCUUGCAGCAGCAAAUAAUCCUAAUAUUCGUUUAUUUCGUUUCGAAUCACCGUUACUAUUUAAUAAUGUGGAAUGUUUUAAAUUAGGCAUUUAUAAUGCGAUAACUGAUUGGAAGACUAAAGCUGAUAUAAAUAAUGAUUCGGUAAAUGCGAAUAAUUUGGAAAAUUUAAAUCAACGCUAUGUUAUUCUUGAUUGUUCCGGUAUAUCCUAUAUUGAUUGUAUGGGAUUAAAUAUUUUAAAAGAGGUUGCUGAUGAGCUAAAAAGUGAAAAUAUUAUCAUAUAUUUUAGUGCUUGCAACACUAGUGUUCGUGAUUCGUUAGCAGUAGCAAAAUUUUUUAAAACUAUACCAAAGCAUUGUUUUUUCCCAACAGUAGAUGAUGCUAUCGCAGUGAUAAGUCAUUUUCGGGGAACAAAUCAAUGUAAAAUUUCGCCUACUACAACAGCAUUGAAUCAUAAUGAUAAUAAUAUAAUGCAACUACGAAUUGAUUCUGAUAUGAUAAUAGCUUCUGAUGCUGCAACUUUAUCAGAAAAAUUUUGA